AUGGAGCAUGAUUGUUGUAAGUAUGUGCAAAAAUGUCAUCAAUGUCAAGUGCACAGUGAUUUGAUUCGAGUACCUCCUCACGAACUCAAUGCAAUGAGUUCUCCUUGGCCAUUUGUGGCUUGGGGUAUGGAUAUCAUUGGCCCAAUAGAGCCAUCCGCCUUUAAUGGAGAUAGGUUCAUUUUAGUUGCUAUUGAUUACUUCACCAAGUGGGUGGAAGCAGCUUCGUAUAAAUCAGUUACGAAUAAGAUAUGUGAGCAAUUCAAGAUUAAUCACCGAAACUCAAUCGCAUAUCGUUCUCAAAUGAAUGGAGCCGUGGAAGCUGCCAACAAGAAUAUCAAAAAUAUCUUGAGGAAAAUGAUUGGCAAUCACAAAGGUUGGCACGAGAUGUUGCCAUAUGCUUUGUUAGGAUACCGAACAACUGUCAGAACAUCAAUUGGAGCAACCCCGUACUUUCUAGUGUAUGGGACAGAGGCCAUAAUCCCAGCCGAAGUGGAGAUACCUUCGUUGAGAAUCAUUCAAGAAGCUAAAUUGAGCAACGCCGAUUGGGUUCGUAAUCGAAUUGAACAUUUGGCUUUGAUUGAUGAAAAGAGAAUGAUUGUUGUUUGCCAUGGUCAACUAUACCAGCAAAGAAUGACUCGUGCUUUUAACAAGCGAGUGAGACCAAGAACGUUUGAAGUUGGUCAGUUGGUUCUCAAACACAUUUUUCUACAUCAAGAUGAGUAUAAAGGAAAGUUCGCGCCAAAUUGGCAAGGACCUUACAUGGUUAGCAAAGUGUUGUCUGGAGGUGCCUUAAUAUUAUCCAAAAUGGAUAGCCAAGAGUGGCCAAAACCAAUCAACUCAGAUGCCAUCAAGAGAUACAACGUUUAA